AGAUUGAAAAAUUGCUUUAGAGAAACCAAAACCAAAACCAAAAGGCAAUAUGGCUACAGAUAACGUUGUUGUUGUGAUGACGAUGAUGAUGAUGAUCUGUGUAAGUUGUGUCGUUUAUGCACAUAAAUCAUCAGAUGUGCCUCUUGCAGAAGGACUGUCUUGGAGCUUCUAUGACAAGAGCUGUCCAGAUGCUGAGUCCAUCAUAAGAACUCAACUCAAGAAGGUUUUUAACGAGGACAUUGGCCAAGCUGCUGGCUUGCUUCGUCUCCAUUUCCAUGACUGCUUUGUUCAGGGUUGUGAUGGGUCAGUGUUGUUGGACGGGUCGGCGAGUGGGCCGGAUGAGAAGAACGCGCCUCCGAACCUGAGUUUAAGAGCGAAGGCUUUUGAGAUAAUAAAUGAUCUACGCGCCAGAGUUCAUAAGAAGUGCGGUCGAGUCGUCUCUUGUUCUGAUAUCGCUGCUAUUGCAGCACGUGAUUCUGUUUUCUUGUCAGGUGGUCCUGACUAUGCAGUACCAUUAGGAAGAAGAGACGGGUUGACAUUUGCGACAAGAGCAGUAACUAUAGCCAACCUUCCUUCAUCAGCAAGCAACGCUAGCACUAUCGUCGCCUUUCUUGCAACGAAAAACCUAGAUGCCACCGACGCGGUUGCCCUUUCAGGCGGCCACACCAUUGGCCUCAGCAAUUGCUCCUCCUUUAACAACCGCCUCUAUCCCACCCAAGACCCUGUCAUGGACCAGACUUUUGCCAAAAACCUAAAGGCGAUUUGCCCUACGAACAACACGGUUGCCACUACUGUGCUCGAUAUUCGAAGCCCUAAUGCCUUUGACAACAAGUACUAUGUCAACCUCAUGAACCGCCAAGGACUCUUCACAUCUGAUCAGGAUUUGUACAGCUACAGUAAGACCAAGGACAUUGUCAUCAACUUCGCCGUUAAUCAAUCACUCUUCUUCGAAAAAUUCAUCAUCGCCAUGACCAAAAUGGGCCAAUUAAGUGUCUUGACAGGCAGCCAAGGUGAGAUACGUGCCAAUUGCUCUGCUAGGAAUCCAAGUAAGGAUAACUUGGCGUCUCUAUAUGAGGAUGUGGACAAUUUGUCGGCGUUCUAAGGGCUUUAGGUUUUGGCUUUGUUUCAAAUAUGUUCCUUUUGUUAAAAGCCAAAAAAGAAAAAAAAAAAAAUGUUCCUUUUGUGUUUGUGAGAGCAAACCUUCUUUUCAAUAUCUACAUCUAUACGGGUGUAUGAUCUAAUUAUGUCUCAUGUCUCUAACGUGUAUGCUUUAACUUUGUGUUUGUAUUGUUAAUCAGAUGACACUCUUUGUUUGAUUAUUAUAUAAAGUAUGUAAUUUUCCUUUA